GCUGAGGACAGACGUCGUAGAUAAUUUCGUUGAACAAGGUGAGAUCCCGAGAAUCUCGGACGUUGGACCUUUUGGACUUUUGCACUAUCAGUCGAAGGUGGCGUAGACUAUAACUCGGCUCAUUAGCCAAUAUUGCAAUUACUGCAACUUGUGCAACUUUUCCGUUUGUGUGCAUACUAAGUGUCUGGUCAAGACGGUGCUGCAACUGUGAGAACAGAUACCAGAAUCUUAAUAUUGACCAUUCGCGGAUACUACAGAGCUGUUGCAAUUAAGACUCUUAUAAGCGAGUACGUGGUUGAGUGUUGAAAGUAAUCGAAGUAACAUGAAUUGCUGCUUUUUCUAAGCCAAACUGGAACAUAUCUCCUUCGCUGCGAAGUAAUAGUUGGGUACAGGCUUUAAAAAAUUCCGUGCGGUGCUCCAUUGAGUGCGGUUCCAAUUAGUUGCCCAAAGAAUUUUCGGUUCUAAUCCGGCGGUAACAGAGCGGUAAGGUGGCGGUGAAGCGUUGGGUUCCUUGGUACCGAAGAAGUGAAAGUGAAUGUGAAGAUUUGUCCAUUACAACGCUCCGGGCAAGAUAAGUGACGGUAAGCGCGACGUCGCCGUUGCAAUCGAAAACUUGUACAAUUUGUGUAAUAUCAUUACAAGUGCUGCAACUCGAAGCGGUUUGUUUUCGGAGAGAAGCAGAGUUGAGUAAUCCACUGCAGAAAUGGCUAAAGUUGACGAUAAAACUGAGACGCACCUUUUCGGCCAAGUUCCAGAAAUCAGCGAAAGUAAUGGAAAAAUGAAGAAAGCAGAGAAGCAGAAACAAAAUGGGGCGGCAUCGAAUAGCAAGGGGAGUGCAGGUGUGUUAAAGGAGGUUGCUGUUAUAGAAAUUGAUAACAUUCAAAAUUCCGGAACAAUGACAAAUUUCGAGGAGGUAGUGCAGAGAUCACGGGCGGCGUUUAAUAGCGGGAAGACCAGAAAUGUCAACUUCAGACGUCAUCAAUUGGAGCAAUUGCUCAAACUGUAUGAAGAACAGGAGCCAUUGAUGAUGGCGGCCCUAGAAGCAGAUUUGAGAAAACACACGCAGGAGAGCAAAAUAUUAGAAACUGAAUUCCUUAAAAAUGAUAUUAGAAAUAUUUUAUAUAAUCUCGAUAGCUGGGUAAAGCCUGACAAGCCAGAAAAAACUUUCGUAAAUAUGCUUGAUGAUGUUCUAAUUUACAAAGACCCGUAUGGAGUUGCUUUGGUCUUGGGUGCAUGGAAUUAUCCUUUGCAAUUAACAUUAUUGCCCGUUGCUUCAGCCAUUGCAGCUGGCAAUUGUGUUAUUAUAAAACCAAGUGAAGUAGCUCCCAACAGUGCAAAAUUCAUUUCGGAAUUUCUACCCAAGUAUUUGGAUAAUGAAUGCUAUCCAGUUGUAUGUGGUGGAGUGGCUGAAACCACAGAACUCCUUAAGCAACAAUUCGAUUACAUCUUCUUUACUGGAUCGACCCACAUUGGAAAAAUCAUCCAUGCUGCUGCAAAUAAGCACUUGACACCAGUGACAUUGGAAUUAGGAGGAAAAAGUCCUUGUUACAUUGAUAAUACCGCCGACAUCCCCAAGACCGCUAAGCGUGUCAUGUGGGGCAAACUGAUAAAUAACGGGCAAACAUGUAUUGCACCCGAUUAUAUCCUAUGUUCCAAAGAAGUUCAGAAUAAAUUUGUGGAAGAAGCGAAAAAAACUAUUGCAGAAUGGUACGGUCAAAACCCCCAAGAAAGCCCCGAUCUUUGCCGAAUAAUCAACAACAAUCACUUCCAACGACUUGUGGGUCUGUUGAAAUCUGGAACUAUCGCCACCGGUGGAAGAUACGAUGCUUCAGAAAGAUACAUUGAACCAACAAUUUUGAUAGAUGUGAAACCAGACGAUCCAGUCAUGAAAGAGGAAAUUUUCGGCCCCAUUUUGCCAAUUAUUAAUGUAGAAAGCGCCUUUGAUGCUAUUAAAUUUAUAAACGCCAGACCGAAGCCACUUUCUCUAUACAUUUUCUCUCCUUCGAAAGAUACGAGAAAACUCCUAGUUGAGAAUACAUCAUCUGGCGGGGUUUGUGUAAAUGAGACACUUUUCCAUGCUGGAGUUGAAUCCUUGCCAUUUGGAGGAGUUGGAAUGAGUGGAAUGGGAAGCUACCAUGGAAAAUAUGGUUUCGACACAUUCUCCCACAAGAAAUCAUGCUUAGCCAAGAAUUUCAAUUCACUUGGAGAAUUUUUAUCGUCGGGCAGAUACCCACCAUAUUCAGAUCGGAAAACAUCGGUUUUAGCAUGCCUGCUAAAACGACGACGGGGUCUACCCAAUUUGUACAUAUCGCAUGUGUUGACAUUUGCGUUGGGUGUCGGAGCUGCAGUUCUAGCACAUUAUUACAUAAUGAAGGGUCAUCAAAUUAGGCUUCCAUUCAUUGCUAGAAAAUGAGAAGGUGGUAUUUCAUGCACCGUUACUACAUAUAUUGUUGGCCACACGCACAUUUUUAUUUUGUUAUUUACCCAGUUGAACGAUAGUAUCUUACUAUAUUGCUUCAGAGAUGAUAGUAGAAUUUUGUGGCAUUUUACUAACAUUGUAUUUAUGCUUUAUGGAAACUUAUGUAAUUACGAAAAAUGUAUUCAAACUUCAAUAAAGUCUAGGUAAAAUAUUGUAGU